UAAUCUAAAGUAACUAACCAAAUUGACUGAUGGAUGAGUAAAAUUUAAAAGAAAGUGUGUGAUAAAUAAAAAAGGGUUAUUAGAAUAUGUAAGAAGGGAUGAGCAGUUCUCACUGCAAGGUAAAAAUCGUAUUUUUUCUUCAUAUCAUGACGUAUACGUAUUAAAUGGCGAUAAGACCACAACCAAACAGCCACUUAAUAUUCUCUCUUUAGGCAGUAAAAGCAUGCACAAGGCUAAAAUUCAGGGAAUGGUUUAGUGACUCUUCGCUUUUUCUUCAGUUUCCAUUCGCCCCGUUCCUUGCAAUUCAUCACUACCCAAUCAAUUCCAUCUUCCCAUCAACAUUGUAAUGUGUUGGCGUUUGUUGUUUUCCCUUAAAAACGAAGGAGGGGUAUUAGAGGCUAAGGAUUUAAUUUUAAGGUGAUUAACUCUGAGAAACAAAAAUAAAUAUGUAUAAAUUAAAUGAAAAAUCUUGAAGUUAUUUUAAAUACUUUUUUAUUCUGUUUUCUUUAACUUUUCUCGAAAAUUCUCUCAUUUGUUUACAGUAAUUUUGUCCUUUUAGACUCUGAUUUACCUUAACCUAAAGGCUCUUUAAAUUCACAUUUUUUUAUUUCUUUCUUCUCCUAUUUUUUAACUCUUUCUCUCUAAAAAUAUAUUUAUUAUUAUUCAUUUCCCCCCAUCACUAUUGAAUCGUCAACGACAACUACGCGAAUGACUGCUAUUAGUAACAUAACAAUCUACUACUAUUUAUUUAUUCACUGCCAGCGACGACCGUCCCGUCGUAUCGAUGCGUUGUUAUCGUCCACUGUUGUUGUCCUUUUUCCUCGCUCACUGUUGAGCAUUUCUGGCGUUUCCCAAAUUCCAAUCCCUUUCUGCUACCUCAUUCCAAGCAUUCCAUUCCCUUCCUCCCUCCAAAAUUUCCCCGAAAAUAUCCCUCAAAUUCUGCAAAAAAUAAAACAUAGGUUAAUUGAUUAA